UCUCGCAAAGCAUCACGGGGGCCGCAUUGUAAAGAGACGCGAUCGAACGCCAUAACACCACAACAAAAUGUGCUAACUCGUGUUUCGUCGUGAUGGCCUGUUAGCGAUCUAAAACAUUCAGCACUUCACUAAUACCAGAAUGAUUAACCAGUGCGACACACACUUUUGACACCAUGGGGCAUUCAGCAAGCAUAGCUAAGAAAUACCAGGCACCAAAACAACAUGUUGAUGAUACUAAUGAUGCGGUUGACUCCUUAGCAACUGUCUCCAGCUUCAGACCAACAAGCCCUGAUGCCCACAAUGAUGCUAGACAGUUUAUCCUUACCCCACCACAACAGCCACAUAGACUGAAGACACAAAACAAUUAUGGUUACCCAGUAUACGGGUCUCUACCUCUAGGAUACAGGACUCAUUCGCUUGGCAAUAGAUCUGCCUACUCAAAUACCACGCUAGGGUAUCCACAUGGUGGGGUAUACCCAUAUGCCACAAUAGGCAGCACACCAUUUCGCUCUAUGCAUGAGGUGCGGCACUACCUGGCCGGGCACCCUGAUUUACUUUCUGGAAAAAGGGUGAAGAAUGGCUACAAAAACCACCCAUUUCAUGAUAUUGAGGAACAACAGAAGCAAAUCAAAACCAAGCAGAAAGUUUACCUAGGGCUUUUGGAUCCCCCUGUUGUUUACGGUUACGGUGUAGACAGGGAAAAGGAAAAGCAACUUAAGGUCAAACAGAAGUUGUAUCUCCAGUUAGUUACCCCAACUGUUAAUAACAUUGAAUAUUACAUGCCAGAAAAACGCUCAAGAGUGCCUCUAAGAAAUGAAGAAAUGGUGGUGGUAAGAAAAGAUGAUUCCAUAAAGAAUCUUCCUCAAGAGAAAAGUUGCACACCUCUUCCCGUAAUUAGAGGCAAGCAAGCUGUUCUACCAGAAAUAGCAAUUAAGAGUUCCCUGAAACAGCCCCCACAGCAAAUGCAGGUGAGACGGGAACCCGCAAAUGGUGGAAGCAUAAAUGGCAUAUCUCAAAUUAAUGCCCUGCAGAGUAUUACACCGCAAGGAGCCAUCCCUAGAAGACGUGUUAAUGAAUACACCGAAAUGAACACUCCUGGUCUAGCAAGAUCCGGAAAAUCUCAGAAACAGAGAAAACAUGAAGACAUAGAUGAGAUGGAGGUCAUUCGUAAGUACAACAGCCUUGGCAAGUCUUCUGCCAAACCAGAACCAAGUGAUGACGUUGUGUUCACAUAUGAUGUGGAGGAGUUAGGGUUAAAAAAGAAAACUGCCAGUAGAGAAAAUGUUGCUCCACUUUACCUCAAGAAAUCUCUGGCCUACAACCCUAGGCAGAAUGGGAAUAGAGACAUCCUAUCUGACCCAUUGUGAAUGUGAAUAUGAUAGUAGUUUUUAUACAUUAGUUGUGCUAAGAAAAGUAAUUUCAUUUUUUUAGAAAUAGAAAAGAAAAGAAAAAAGUUUUUUUUUCAAGUUUAUCUUGGUUUAAAUGAAGGUUCACUAUCAAACAUAUUUUUAUCAGUUACAGCUGCAUUACUUUAUGAUUAGCAAGUAAUUUCCAUUAAUAACAGAAAUAGCUGGCUAUUAGAGGCACUAAAGUAUAUUCUACUGUAUAUUCACUCAUCCAGUACUAAAGCUUAGCAGCCGAUGAUUGUUCUGUGUUUUUCAGCCAACGAAGGUAAACCAUGAUCCCAAGUCAGUUACUGAAAUUUUUAAUGUCUACUUAAAAAUUCAAUUGUUGAAUUGAUAUUUCUUUAGAUUCAUUUGAAGAUUCCUUCUUUGGUAUUAUGUUUUUUUUUAUGAUAAGGAAUUUGGUUUGCCGAUUUUUUUAAAAUUGAAGACAGCACAUAUAUACUGAUAUCAGACUGAUAUAAUAUCGUGUAAAAAAUCACGUGCUCGAUGUGUACCAUAUUUUUAUACCGAAAUGAAGCUGUAUAAAGCAAGCAUGUAACCAAAUAGUUAGAUCAUACCAUAAAAUAUACUGUUUAUUUGUCAUUA